AUGAGCUCUGGAAAUGCGAGUGCCCCCGACACACGGAGAGCAUCAACAGCCGCCGACACCUCAUUAGCGGCCGCCUUCAUUAAUUCUGCCGGCCCCGCGCUGACCCCGCGGGGCGCAGGUGGAGCCCGGGCGGCCCCGGGAGGCGGCGGGACCGGCUCCGGUUGCCGCGGCAACGCGGGGGAUGCGCCGGAGCCCGGGCGGCUCCUCGGGGGUCCCCGAGCUGCGACCGAGAGCCCCGAGCGCAUCGCCGGUGGUCGGGGUGGAUCCAGCCAGGAUUACCGGAUCCCCCGGGGCUACCGGAUCCCCCGGGGCUACCGGAUCCAGCCAGGAUUACCGGAUCCCCCGGGGUUACCGGAUCCAGCCAGGAUUACCGGAUCCAGCCAGGAUUACCGGAUCCACCGGGAUUACCGGAUCCCCCGGGGUUACCGGAUCCCCCGGGGUUACCGGAUCCCCCCGGGUUACCGGAUCCCCCCGGGAUUACCGGAUCCAGCCAGGAUUACCGGAUCCACCGGGAUUACCGGAACCACCGGGGUUACCGGAUCCAGCCAGGAUUACCGGAUCCACCGGGAUUACCGGAACCACCGGGGUUACCGGAUCCCCCGGGAUUACCGGAUCCACCGGGGGUUACCGGAUCCAGCCAGGAUUACCGGAUCCAGCCAGGAUUACCGGAUCCACUGGGGUUACCGGAUUCCCCAGAAUUACCGGAUCCACCUGUGGUUGCCGAAUCCCCCGGGGUUACCGGAUCCACUGGGAUUACCGGAUCCACCUGGAUUACCGGAUCCCCCGGGGGUUACCGGAUCCAGCCAGGAUUACCGGAUCCCCCGGGGUUACUGGAUCCCCCCGGGAUUACGGGAUCCACCGGGAUUACCGGAUCCCCCCGUGAUUACCGGAUCCUGCCAGGAUUACCGGAUCCCCUGGGGCCCCGGGCAGCUCCUGGCACGGGAUUUGUCCCUCCUGGAGCUCCGGGAAUUCAGCACGCCAGCCCCGGAGCCGGACCUGGAGGAUUGCGGCUUCGGCUGCCGGGGAACGUCCCCGCAGGAGAGCCUGUCCUCCAUGUCCCCCAUCAGCAGCCUGCCGACGCUCUUCGAUCAGACCGUGUCGUGCAGCAGCAGCGGGCAGCUGGACAACGUCCCCCAGGCCACCCCCAACAUCGAGCAGCUCCUGGAGAAGCAGGGCAACGGCGAGGCAGGGGUUAACAUUGUGGAGAUGCUGAAGGCGCUGCACUCGCUGCAGAAGGAGAACCAGCGGCUGCAGGAGCAGAUCAUGACGCUGACGGCCAAGAAGGAGCGGCUGCAGCUGCUCAAUGUCCAGCUGUCCGUCCCCUUCCCCGUGGUCACCAGCAGCAACGGGCCCGGCAGCCAGGGACAGUACAUCCUGCCCGCCGCCUGCACCGGCGACUCCCUGAGCAUCAGCAAGAGCCCCCCGUGCAAGAACAGCUUCGGCAUCGAGAACUCGCUCUCCACGUCCUCCGAGGACCCUCACUCGGGCUGUCCCAGCAGGAGCAGCUCCUCCCUGUCCUUCCACAGCACGCCCCCUCCCCUGCCCAUGCUGCAGCCCAGCCCCGCCUCGCUGCCGCUGCCGGGGGCGCAGCAGGUGAACGGGCUGGCCAGGGCGGCGGGCGGGGGGCUGGCCGGCGGCUCCGGGGCCGUGCCCGGGGUGGACAGCCUGCUGGGCAGCCUGGGAGCGCAGCAGAUGCCCCUCAACGGGAUCCUGGGCGGCCUGAACGGAGCGCAGCCCCCUCCGCCCGCCCUGCAGCUCUCCGGCAGCCUGAGCAGCGUGGCCAGCCUGAGUCCCCUGACGGAGCAGCAGCGGCACGUCCUGCAGCAGCACGAGCAGCAGCUGCAGCAGCUGCAGCAGCUCCUGACGUCCCAGCCCCUUAACCCGGAGCAGCAGGCUCUGGUGUUCCAGAUGAUGCAGCAGAUCCAGCAGAAGCGGGAGCUGCAGCGGCUGCAGAUGUCGGGCUCGUCCCAGCUGGCCAUGAGCGGGCUGCUGGCGGCCACCUCGGCGCCGCUGCACUCCAGCCCCGGCGCGCUGCUGACCUCGGCGGCGCCCAGCGGCGGCUCGCUGCUGGCCUCGCUGUCCCCGCAGCAGCUGAACCCCGGCGGGGCGCUGCUCGCCCCCCAGGCCACCCCCCCGCUGGGCUCGGGCUCGGCCAUGGCGCAGCCCAACCCCUUCCUCAGCCUGCAGCCCGACGGAGGCGCCCCCAAAGCAGCGCCCCUGGGUGACAAGGGCGCUCCCCUGGCGCAGGACAAGGGCUAAGAGACCCCCCCUGCCCGAGCCCGCAGCCAACUCCUGCCCCGGG